CCUCGUUGCGGCUUGAAUCAACGAAUCCGCCUUCCAACCAUUCGCACUCAUCAAUUUCAGAGGACGCAUCCAAGCUCUGGAGUCGCUUGUCACUGCUAAAAGUAUGAACGGGGACAGCUAUUCCUCCCGAGAUGGGCGCAGGGGACGAGAUUAUCCUCCUCGAGGUGAUAGAGGCGAUAGAGACGAUCGUCGAGACCGACACCGUGACCGCGACCGCAGACGAUCUCGCUCACCCGAGCACCGAAGCCAUCGACGAGGUGAAGGCGAUGUCGAUGCCUACUCGUCCAGCCGAAACCACCGCGACCGUGAGCGCGAAGACAGAUACUCGGGCCGCGAAAGACGAGGUGGCGAUCGUGAGUGGGAUCGCGAUCGGGGAUCAUCCCGUCGAGAUGCCAGACGCGACGAUGAUGAGCGGCCUAACAGGCGAGACCGAGAUCCCUACGAAGACCGUCGUCGCGGUGGAAGAGAUCGACGUGAGGACAGAUUUCCAGCACAGCAGGAGCGCCGUAGCGCGAGCCCACCACCUAAGAAGCGAGAGCCAACUCCAGAUCUUACCAACAUCGUGCCUGUCCUGGACCGCAAGCGUCGCCUGACUCAGUGGGAUAUCAAGCCUCCAGGCUACGAGAAUGUUACAGCCGAACAGGCCAAGCUGUCAGGCAUGUUCCCUCUUCCUGGCGCUCCUCGGCAACAGCCAAUGGACCCAAGCAAACUACAGGCAUUUAUGAACCAGCCUGGUGGGCAAGUCACGAGCGCUGGACUGAAAGCCAAUAACUCUCGUCAGUCAAAGCGAUUGCUGGUUUCAAGAAUUCCCUCAGGUACAAGCGAAGAGGCCCUCAUGUCCUUCUUCAACCUCCAGCUGAACGGAUUGAAUGUCAUCGACACAACAGACCCUUGCGUCCUGUGUCAGUUCUCCAACGACCGGUCAUUUGCCGUCAUCGAGUUCAAAGAUGCCCCCGAGGCAACAGUUGCUUUGGCAAUGGAUGGAAUAUCUAUGGAAGCCAGUGAUGCAUCGAAUGGUGCGGAUGGAGGUCAACGUGGCCUUGAGAUUCGCCGGCCCCGUGACUACGUAGUGCCUGCAGUAACUGAGGAAGUCUCCUAUGAUUCCGAGGUUGUCUCGAACAUCGUUCCGGACACUGUCAACAAGCUCAGCAUUACCAACAUCCCUACAUUCUUGACAGAGGAGCAAAUUAUUGAACUGCUGGCUAGCUUUGGCAAACCCAAGGCUUUUGUUCUUGUCAAGGACAGAGGGACAGAAGAGUCCAGAGGUAUCGCAUUUGCCGAGUAUCAAGACCCCGCCGCCUCCAAUCCAACUGCGCUUGACACACUCAACGGGAUGGAAAUUGGAGGCAAGAAGCUCAAGGUUAGCAAGGCUAGUAUCGGUCCUACACAAGUCGCCAACUUCGACGUGGGUAUUACCGCUAUCAGUGGUCUUGCUUCUCAGACUGCCAAUGAGGUUGAGAGCAGUCGAGUGCUUCAGCUUCUGAACAUGGUGACUGCUGAAGAGCUCUUGGACAACGACGACUACGAAGAAAUUUGCGAAGACGUUAGGGAAGAGUGCUCCAAGUUUGGUAAAAUCAUCGAUGUCAAGGUUCCACGACCCACUGGUGGCAGUCGACAGUCUGCUGGUGUAGGCAAGAUCUUUGUCAAGUAUGAAAGAGCCGAAGACACAGCAAAGGCUCUGCAAGCUCUUGCGGGACGCAAGUUUGCUGACAGAACUGUCGUGACAACAUAUUUCCCAGAGGAGAACUUCGACGUUGGAGCGUGGUAAGAGAUAAUAUCGUUUCCAUUCAAGGCGACCAAGGAGACAAUAUGUUUACUACCUUGGGUAUAUGGGUUGAGGGGGCAGGAGUCUUCUAUCGGUGUACGGGUAGGGAAUCAAUUGAAAAUGUAAAACACAUGGCAUGGCAAAGCAUUUGGUAUCAUCGAAUUCAAUACUACCGACCUCCGCAUGUGUGAGCAGGCACCAAGUGCAAGUCAGGUUUUGCAUCAUGUUGAUGUGGAUUUGUUUUACGAGAAUGCAGUAUUCACUACUACGAGGUCAGGCAAAUUGUGAUGGGUUGAUCUGGAUCGGUGGUGGGUUCGAGAACAGGAUACAUUAUUCAAGGUACUAUCUAUCGGUAAGAUGUCUACUAAUGUGAGGCAACUUCAAGCAGGAGCAAGUAGGUCAAAAGAUCUGUGCUCGGUUAGUGUCAAGGCCAACAAAGAAAAGCAAGUCUAAUUGCAAAUAAAAUGACCAGAUCAGAAGUCCUGUUCAUUCAUUGAGCCCGAGGGCUCUAACAUAA